AUGAGUGAAAACAAAAUUAUUUUAUAUGAUGAGCCCUCAUUUGGAGGUCUAAGCUUAGAACUCACCAAGUCUCAGACUAAAUUGGCUCGUCAAAAUUUUUCAAAGGCUGCUUCCUCUCUGCGUGUGAUUGGCCAGCCAUGGGUCGCUUAUACUCAAGACAACUAUGGGGGUGAAGCCCGUGUGUAUGAGGAGGGCAAUUACAGUAAUAUUGAUGUUGACAACAAAAUCAUGUCUUUAUAUCUCAUCCUUUCAAAUCUGGGGACCCCAUUUAUCAAGCUCUUUGAAGGAGAAGGGUUGACUGGCAAGUCCAUUGAUGUGCAGGAUGCAGCUAUUCUGAACUUUGGUAAACUAGAAAAUGGAGCUUCCUCUUGGCAGGUGCUCAGUGGUGCCUGGAAAAUAUGCGAUGAAGUGAAGGAUAACCCCAGAUACAAGGUAUCAUCCGUUGGAGAUAUGGUUUUAAGUUACUCUGAAAUAGGCUUGAAUCACUCAGCGUUAAGUGUUUAUCCUCUAUUGCCUGGGAAGCCUAAAUUUACAACAAAUGUCCAGUGGGACAGAAAGAAGGAGCUCAGUAACCGUGUUAGCCAACUAGAUGAGAUCAUUAUUGUUAAUAAGUCUAAGCAUGAACAGGAUUUCAGCCACAGUUCAGGGCGGGACUAUACCUCCAGCCUUGAAGUUGAAAUGAAAUUUAGCAAUGAAACUUCUAUUGAGUUGGGAACAAGCUUUAAAGUUCCUGUGAUUGGUGAACUGAGUACCACUUUGACCCAAACCAUAUCCAUAGAGAAAGGAAAAACUGAGAGCAAGUCUACCACUGUCACCAACAAAGUGAAAAUUCCUGUGACGGUUCCAGGAAAUACUAAAGUCACCAUCAAUGUCAUGAGAAGGGACAUCAGCUACUCUGUCCCAGUAGAAAUAAUUAUAGAAAGAAACAAGUUGAGGAAGACAGAAUAUGCUGAGCUUAUAUGCAGAGAUGGUACAGAUGUGCACAUCUCCCGAAAUGAUGAGGCUGUUUAA